AUGCGUAAUAUCGCCGCAUUUUGGCUGUUUGGGAUGUGCAAUAAUUAUGCAUAUAUUUUAAUGCUUUCCGCGGCCAAAGAUAUUAAUGCCAAGGGAACCCUGUUGACGGGGAUUCAGGAAAUGCCAGUUCUCGAACGCGGCACGCAACACUGCACCUCGCAUCGCUCGACCGGCCUCAUUUUAAUGGCCGAUAUCAUUCCGAGUUUUAUCAUGCAAGCCACCGCACCAUUUUACGCGUAUAAAUUAAGCUACGGAUGGCGCCAUCUCCUCGUAGUCCUCAGCCAGGCUGGCGGUCUCCUAAUCGUCGCCUAUUCGCAGAGCUAUUCGGUUGCGAUUUGUGGCGUAAUUCUGGCCUCGCUGAGCACGGGUCUCGGGGAAUCUACCCUAGUCUCAUUCUCCUCGCGUUUUCCUCAUUCUACAGUAGUCGCAUGGGCUUCAGGGACUGGUGGAGCAGGAAUUAUUGGCUCCUUCAUCUACGCCGCCCUAACAGAACCAAAACUUGUUGGACUCUCGCCGAAAAAUGCACUUCUGGUUAUGAUGAUGGUACCUCUAACCUACGCAUUGACUUUCUGGGUGCUCCUCGAUCAUCCCUUGAAUAUUGUCUCGUUGUUCCGAGGAAUCCAGGAUAAAGAAGUUUACGUAGAAAAUGAAGAACAGGUCUACUUCGAUGCAACGAUCUACUUCUAUGCGCGAGAAAAUGGCCAUAAUUCAGAGCCUUCUAAAACUGAUGAUUUGCCUGGGAGUUGUCUAUAUUUUGCAGAGUAUACCAUUAACCAAGGAUUAUUCCAAUUGAUCAUCUUUGACUGCGCCCAUGCAUUUGGAUUGACGAAAGCCAGCCAAUAUCGAUGGUUUCAGGUGCUCUACCGCGCCGGGGUGUUCAUCUCCCGUUCCUCAAUGGCUAUUGUCAGAUUGCCGUCAUUCAUUCUAUACGUACUUCCGGUCCUUCAGUGCGUAAUGCUCGUUUUCUUCUACUUUGAAGCGAUCCACGCCUUCAUCCCUCAUAUCGCCAUCGCAUUCGGUGUCAUCUUUUUCGAGGGUCUUUUUGGAGGGACUGCAUAUGUCAAAACGCUUAAUUAUAUCCAUAAAAAGGCCUCCCCAGACGUGCGAGAAUUCUCGAUGGGUGUCGGCACAAUAUCGGAUACCGUUGGCAUAUUCUUAGCAUCAUUUUCGUCGAUUUUGGUACACAAUCAUAUCUGCGAUCUACUCGGC